AAGAAAGCAAGGAGUUCCUCAACUCAACUUUGUUUUGCAUCUCUGCGCUUGCACCUCCGCAAGAAAACCAAAAGCAAUGGACGCACCAGCAGCCGCCGGCUCCAGGGGACCCCCCAAGUUCAAGCAGAGGGCGGCCCGCGUCUUCAAGAGCAAGGCCCCCAAGCCUGGACAGAAGGGAUUCGGUGAUGAUAUCCCCGGGAUGGAGGGACUUGGAACAGACUUCACGGUGGUCUGCCCAUGGGAGGCCUUUGGAGACAUGGAGCUGAGCGACCUGGCUAAAUACGGAAUUGUGUAGUGACCCGCCCCCAGCCUGCCCUCCCUUCCUUUCUUCACCUGCUGCCCUGCCCGACCUGAUCUGACCCCUCCCCUUGGAGUGUUCACCCUGCUGGCGCCAUGACAACAUCCCUUUGGAAAACACCCGAUGUGGAAUCAUAGGUGACGAGGAGAAGAUAAACCAGCUACAAUACCAGCUAAAGCAUCAUAACUGGACUGUUUGCACUACCUUGAGGGUUACCUCAAAAUGUUUUGCACUAUCACGGGAAUAGUGGAUCCCCACCCCAUCCCCCUCGUUUCUCUUACCCCUGCCUCUUGUCUCUACCCUUCCCAGCCAUGAAAAUUCAGAUGUUUUAUUUAUAUACAGAGUUUUA